AUGUCGCCAAUUUUAUCACCUAUAGGCAUUAACAGUAACGGAACAAUGAUAUCUAACUAUUUUCCUACAAUAGAAACCUUGGAAGAUAGACAGCUUCAACAACCUACUCUUGAAGAUAUUCGUAAAGCCGGAGAAAACUUUGAGCGACUUGUUGCAGCUGCUGAAGCUUAUCGUGAUCUAACAAUAAAGAUUGGCAAAGCAUCUAAAACUCUCAGUAAAGCGUUAAAAGAUUAUGGGAAUAGUAAAGGAAUGGAUAAUAUUCAUGUUAUGUGUCUUCAAACUUCUUCACAAUUUUAUGAACAAAAUUCAGAAAACAAAGUUUUGCAAAAAGAUUUUGAUAGCCUUCAGAAAGUUUCGGAAAAAUAUUUCAAAAAAACAACUAAAGAAGAAAAGUUACACAAUGAGCAUCUUAAUGAGUUGGAUAAGCAAGUAAAAAAGAUUGGAAAAGAUUACGAGAAAAAAUCUAAAAAAGAUAGUAAAUCUUCGUUGGAGUCUCAUGAUAAAUAUAUAUCAUCAUUAACAACUGUCGGAUCUGAUAUUGCAAGAGCUAGAGCUGAAUACAUGAAUCAAGCAAUUAGGCGUGAAAGAAGCACGCAUUGUGUCAUUUCUCAAAUAAUUUGUAAAAUAGCAGAAGGAAAUUUUGCAUAUUUUAAUGAUUCAUUGAAGAAGUGUGGUCCAUUUAUUUCAAAGAUGAAAGAAUGGGUUCCAUUUGCUGGCGAGGAUAUGCCACAACCUCUUGAUUUGGAUAGCUUUUUGGAGGAUCAAGCACUCAGAUCAGAUGAUAAUUCCAUAAAUUCCGAUAAAACAUUACCAGAACCAUAUCCCAACAUUUCAGAGAAAAAGUCAUCAUCAACGCCAAAUUUACUAAAUUACAUUAAUAAUAAUUCACAAUUGUCAUUUUAUUCAUCACCUAAUUCGCUACCGCCACUACCACAAUUUACAGUAGAACCUAAUGAUAUAGAAGUUCCAAAAUACACACAAACUCCCGAGGAAAUUCAGAAACCUCUUCUUCCAAUUGAGUCAACGACAAAAAAAGAUUCAACAUCCACAAAACAUCAAAAAAAUGAAUCAGUAAAGCUAAAUAAUUUUAAUUCUACUGUUACCGCUGAUGUUGGUGUUGGUGUGAAGAGUACUUUUGAAAAAGAUUCUCCAAAGUUGAAUAGUGAAAAUAAAACCUCUAUUAUAGAUAAUAGUAAUAAAAGUAAAACACCAAUUAUCUCAAAAAAAAUUUCAGAUGAUGAAUAUUUAAUUGUAUCUAAAAAAACACUUGGGUAUAACCAAGCAAUUAUUUCACAUGAAAAUAUUCAGACUUCACAACCACCACAAAAAAUGCCAACAAAAGAUGAAUAUCAAAUAAUUGAUGCAGAUAAACAUCUUAUUAUGCAACAGAAAUUAAGAAAUUCUCCACCAUCGAAUAAUUUAUUGGAAAAAUAUGAAGGUUGUAAUGAUGAAGCUAUCCAAGAAAUUUACCAUUCAAAGAGUUUACAUUAUACAAAUCAUAAAAUCAAUAAUGCUAACAAUAAUAUUGAUGAUCCGGAUGUAAUUUAUUCAGAUUAUCAACAACAACAAAAAAAUUACAAUUUCACGUCUAACGAAAUUUUUAAUAAUGAUAACGAUUAUGAAUCAAAUCACCAUGAUAAUUAUAAUAAUAUGUUAUCAUAUAUGCCAAAAUCAUUUACAAGUCGUGAAAGAUCAACACCUCGUGAUGAUUAUGAAGUGUAUACAGCAAGAAAAUCUUAUUCUACCACUCCAUUACCAAUUAAUAAACGUGGUAAUUCAGUUGCUGAUAUCAAAGAACGGUUCAUGACGAAACAUAAUAGUAUUGAUAGCAAUAGAUCUUCUUCACCGCCAAUUCGUGAUUUACCAAGAUCUAUAUCAGGCAGAGUUAAUGAUAUAAAAUCAAAACUUGGGGAUGAGAGAAAUCGAUCAAUGAAUCCUUCUUAUCUCCAAUUACCAAAAUCAAAUCGUGGUGGAGAUUACCAUCGUAAUAACAUGAGUUAUAAUGAUAUUAAUAACAACAAUUUUUACAGUGAUGAUUUGCAAGAUGUUGAUGAACAUUUUAUUAAUAAUUCAGAAGAAAUUUUGACAUCUGGAGGGAAUCAUCAUUUGUAA